AUGGGGUUUGGAAGGGGGGUCCCCUUAUGGGCCCUAACGUUCAUGAUCUGCAGCAUCCAACAAAAAGUUUCUGGGGCAGAAAGUUCUGAGACGGUCACCAUCAUCCCACCGCUGACAACUACACCUGUUAUAACUUCCUUCAAUCCAGCUCACAACGGACGUGUAUGUAGCACAUGGGGCAACUUCUACUACAAGACGUUUGAUGGCGACAUCUACCAUUUCCCCGGAGUCUGCAACUAUGUCUUUGCCUCCCACUGCAAUGCUCCCUUUGAGGACUUCAACAUCCAGAUCAGACACACUAGUGGGGAAAAUGCUACCCACGAGAUCAAAACAGUCAGCAUGAACAUUGCUGGGAUGAACAUUGAAAUGGAAACGGAUGGCAUUUCAGUUAAUAAUGAAAGGAUCCAGGUGCCUUACAGUGAAUCUGGAUGCAGCAUUGAGAGAGUUGGAAACUAUGUGAUAGUGCAUGUAAAGGAGGGUCUGGACCUCAUGUGGAAUGAAAAAGACAGCCUCAUGCUGGAACUGGACGAAAAAUAUGCCAAUCAGACCUGUGGGCUUUGUGGUGAUUUUAAUGGCAUUCAAACAUACAAUGAAUUCCUUUCAAACAAUGCCAAGAUAACUCCAUUGCAGUUUGGGAAUAUGCAAAAGAUGAAUGGGCCAACAGAAGACUGUGCCGAUCCUACAUCCUCAUCUCUGAUAAACUGUGCCAAUGUUUCUACUGUUUGCCGGGAAAUACUGACGGGCCCUGCAUUCUCUGACUGUAAUAAUCUGGUAGGGGUGGAUGAAUACAUUGAAUCUUGUGAGCAGGACUUGUGCUUCUGUGACGAAAACACACGAUUCUCCUGUCUCUGUGCCACUUUUGCUGAAUACUCCCGGCAAUGCGCUCAUGCUGGUGGACACCCUCAGAGCUGGCGAACCUCCGAUUUAUGCCCAAAAACAUGUCCAUUCAACAUGCAGUAUCAAGAAUGUGGAUCCCCCUGUGCUGACGCUUGCACCAACUCUGAAAGAUCUCAGCUCUGUGAAGACCACUGUUUGGAUGGCUGCUUCUGUCCUGCAGGAACAGUAUAUGAUGACAUCAACAACUCUGGCUGCAUCUCCAUGCAGGAGUGCUCCUGCGUUUAUAAUGGCCAAACCUAUGCUCCAGGGACAACAUACUCAGACCACUGCCGGUCCUGUUAUUGUAGUGGAGGACAGUGGAGCUGCACGGAGAUGCCAUGCCCAGGAAUUUGCUCAGUAGAAGGUGGAUCACACAUCUCCACUUAUGAUGAAAAACGUUAUGACGUGCACGGAGACUGUACUUAUGUUCUCUCUAAGAUCUGUGAUGAAGAAACAUUUACUGUUCUGGGCGAACUCCGAAAGUGUGGCCUAACAGACACUGAAACAUGUUUAAAGAUGGUAGCCCUCAGCAUCAAUGGAGGCCUAACUACCAUUGUGGUGAAACCUGGUGGUGCUGUAUUCGUCAACUGGAUCUACACCCAACUGCCUAUCUCAGCAGCUAACGUCACCAUCUUCAGACCGUCAUCUUUCUUUAUCAUUGUGCAAACAAACUAUGGCCUUCAGCUGGAGAUCCAGCUCACUCCCAUCAUGCAACUCUUUGUUCGUUUGGAUCCCUCUUUUAAAGGGAAGACCUGUGGCCUCUGUGGAAACUUUGACAGCCGUCAGACAGAUGACUUCAAAGCCAUAAGUGGUGUGGUGGAAGGAACAGCACCUGCAUUUGCUAACACCUGGAAAACUCAGGCUAUAUGUCCCAACAUCAAACAGAAUUUUGAAGACCCUUGCUCACUUAGCAUUGAAAAUGAAAAGUAUGCCCAUCAUUGGUGUGGAUUGCUGACUGACGCUGAAGGACCCUUUGCCAAAUGCCAUCCUUCAUUGAAUCCAGCUAUUUAUCACAAGAACUGCAUGUUUGACACCUGCAACUGCGAGAGAAGCGAGGACUGCAUGUGUGCUUCCCUCUCCGCCUACGUGAGAGCCUGUGCGGCCAAAGGAGUUGAACUUCCUGGAUGGAGGACCAAUGUCUGUUCCAAAUAUAUGACUUCAUGCCCCAAAUCCCUGGCUUACAGCUAUACCAUCAGUUCCUGUCAACCUACCUGUAGGUCCCUGAGUGAACCUGAUAUUACCUGCAACAUCAAAUUUGUCCCAGUUGAUGGAUGUACAUGUAUAAAUGGAACCUACAUGGAUGACUAUGGAAAAUGUGUGCCUGCCAGUAGCUGUCCUUGUUAUUACAGAGGAACUGCCAUACUACCUGGUGAAGUUCUCCAUGAUACGGGUGUUGUCUGCACUUGUGCUCAAGGGAAGAUGAACUGCAUUGGAGCUCUCUCUGUCUCUAUGCUAGUGUGUACUGCUCCCAUGGUCUACUUUGACUGCAAAAAUGCCACCACAGGGAGCACUGGAGCUGAAUGCCAGAAGAGCUGUCAGACUCUCGAUAUGCAGUGUUACAGCACACAGUGUAUGUCUGGCUGCGUGUGCCCUUCUGGACUAGUGUCAGAUGGCAAAGGUAACUGCAUCGCUAUGGAAGAAUGUCCUUGUAUUCACAAUGAUGCCACUUAUAAUCCAGGAGAAAAGAUCAAAGUCGAUUGUAACACAUGCGUCUGUCAGAACAGAAUGUGGAAAUGCACCCAGAACAAGUGCCUGGGUACCUGCGCUGUUUAUGGAGACGGGCAUUUUAUCACCUUUGACGACAAGCGGUACAAUUUCAAUGGAAAGUGUGAAUACACUCUGAUUCAGGAUCACUGUGGACAGAACAGCUCCAACCAGGGGACGUUCCGGAUCAUGACUGAAAACAUUCCUUGUGGCUCGACCGGAACCACUUGCUCAAAAUCUAUUAAAGUCUUCUUAGAAAACUAUGAACUGAUACUCAGUGAAGAGCACUCCAAAGUAGUAACCCGAGGUGAUGGUAAUGGUGAGCUACCAUACAGAAUCCGCUCCAUGGGCAUCUAUCUGGUUAUUGAGACCGUCAAUGGGGUGAUCCUCUUAUGGGACAAGAAAACAAGCAUAUUUAUCAAAAUUAGCCCUGAUUUCAAGGGUCAAGUCUGUGGCUUGUGUGGGAACUACGAUGGCAAUGGAAUUAAUGACUUCACAACGCGGAGUCAGUCUGUAGUAGGUGAUGUGCUGGAGUUUGGAAACAGCUGGAAGGUGUCUCCCACAUGUCCCGAUGCCAAAUGCAUAAAGGAUCCUUGCUCUAAGAACCCUUACAGAAAGUCCUGGUCGCAGAAACAGUGCAGUAUCAUCACCAGUCAAGUCUUCGCUGCCUGCCACUCUCAGGUUGAACCAACUAAAUACUAUGAAGCUUGUGUGACUGAUGCCUGUGCCUGUGACUCUGGGGGAGAUUGUGAAUGCUUCUGCACAGCUGUGGCUGCGUAUGCUCAAGCAUGUAGUGAAUUUGGUGUGUGCAUCUCCUGGAGAACACCAUCCAUUUGCCCUAUGUUCUGUGACUAUUACAAUGCUGAAAGAGAAUGCGAUUGGCACUACAAGGCCUGUGGAGCUCCGUGCAUGAAGACAUGUAGGAACCCCAGCGGCAGAUGCCUUCAUCAGUUACCUGGCUUGGAAGGCUGCUACCCAUACUGUCCAGCAGAUAAGCCAUAUUUCAAUGAAGAGGAGAUGAAAUGUGUUGAUCAGUGUGGCUGCUAUGAUGCUGAGGAUAACUAUUAUCCACUAGGAACACACAUUGACUUAAGAGACACAUGUCAGUCAUGUACAUGCACCAGUGAAGGCAUAAUGUGCAACUACGACGGUCAAGCCUGCUACUGCCAUUAUGAAGGGAAGGAAUAUAUCUACAAGCAAGUCAUUUACAACACCACAGAUGGUCUGGGUUGGUGCAUGACUGCAACCUGUGACGUCAAUGGAACAAUCUACAGAGAUGCCUAUAAAUGUGUAGGACUUACCACCACAGAACCACCAUUUACAUUUACUACCAUCCCAUCGACAAGUGGAGCAGAACCAACAACACCAGCAACAACAGCAUGUGUACACAAAGUAUGUGAAUGGUCAGAAUGGUAUGAUGUCAGCUAUCCAACAUUUGGAGAAAAUAACGGAGAUUAUGAAACACCAGACGAUAUUAGAGCUAAGGGACACAAUUUAUGUAAAUUUCCAGAUGAAGUAGAAUGCCGAGCUGAACGAUUCCCCAAUAUAAAACCAGAAUACCUUAAUCAAAAUAUACAGUGUACCAAAAAAGGUGGAUUAAUAUGCAAUAACAAAGAUCAGACACCACCAAUGUGCUACAAUUACCAAAUAAAGUUCUUAUGCUGCAUCUACACACCAUGUGAGAUGACAUCACCAACACCCAUAAUCACAUCCCAUGGAGGAACAACACCUACUGCACCACAUUCCACUACAUCCCUGGUCAGUGAAAGCACCAUUUGCCAGCCUGAAUGUUCCUGGACCGCUUGGUUUGACGUGUCCGACCCAACAUCCACCAAAAACACUGGCGAUAUAGAGACCAUGGAGGAGAUCCGAAAGGCCGGCAACCAGGUCUGCGAUAGCCCUCAAUACAUCGAGUGCCGAGCAGAGGACUACCCUGACGUUGACAUCGCUCUUCUUGGACAGACAGUGCAGUGCGACCCCAAAGUUGGCCUGCUGUGCAGAAAUGCGGACCAGAAAGGGAAGCUGACUGAGUGUUUGAACUACCAGGUCAGAUUCCACUGCUGCGACUACUCACACUGCCGACCAGGAACAACGCCAGGAGCCACAACGACUGCUACCUCCACAAAAUUUGCAACCAGCACACCAGGCACCACCCCAGGUCUAACAAGUAGUCCUCCGUCCUCCUCCAUGGGUUCCACACCUCCUCCCACCUUGUGGACAACCACUCUAGGCACUACAGUUGUGGCCACAAGCCCAGGAAAGGAGACGACAACAACCCUUUCAACACCUCUUUCCACCAUCCAAGUGACAACACCAGGCUUUGUCAGCACACCUUCAGUAAGCUCGGCAGGCGUUUCCACCUCGACAGCCACGUCCCUGCAAUCGACACCCGUAUCCAAGCCAACGGGUUCGGUACCGACGGAGUCGACCUCGCCUCAAGUAACCACCACCUCUGUCAUCACAACCACUACCCUCCCACCCUCAGGUUCCACCUCACCUUCGGCCACCUCCACCAUUUGCCAGCCUGAAUGUUCCUGGACCGCUUGGAUGGACGUGUCCCAGCCAGAAUCCGCCCCAAGCAGCGGCGAUGUGGAGACCAUAGAGGCGAUCCGAGAGGCCGGGAAACACGUCUGCGAUAGCCCUCAAUACAUCGAGUGCCGAGCAGAGGACUACCCUGACGUUGACAUCGCUCUUCUUGGACAGACAGUGCAGUGCAACCCCAAAGUUGGCCUGCUGUGCAGAAAUGCGGACCAGAAAGGGAAGCUCCCGAUGUGUUUGAACUACCAGGCCAGAUUCCACUGCUGUGACUACUCACGCUGCCGACCGGGAACAACGCCAGGAACCACCACAACUGCUACCUCCACAAAACACGCAACCAGCACGCUGGGCACCACCCCAGGUCUAACAAGCAGUCCUCCAUCCUCCUCCACGGCCUCCACACCUCCUCCCAUCUUGUGGACGACCACUCAGGGCACUACAGUUGUGGCCACAAGCCCAGGAAAGGAGACGACAACAACCCUUUCAACACCUCUUUCCACCAUCCAAGUGACAACACCAGGCUCCGUCAGCACACCUUCACUCAGCUCGGCAGGCGUCUCUACCUCGACAGCCACGUCCCUGCAAUCGACACCCGUAUCCAUGCCAACGGGUUCGGUACCGACGGAGUCGACCUCGCCUCAAGUAACCACCACCUCUGUCAUCACAACCACUACCCUCCCAGCCUCAGGUUCCACCUCACCUUCGGCCACCUCCACCAUUUGCCAGCCUGAAUGUUCCUGGACCGCUUGGAUGGACGUGUCCCAGCCAGAAUCCGCCCCAAGCAGCGGCGAUGUGGAGACCAUAGAGGCGAUCCAAGAGGCCGGGAAACACGUCUGCGAUAGCCCUCAAUACAUCGAGUGCCGAGCAGAGGACUACCCUGAUGUUGACAUCGCUCUUCUUGGACAGACAGUGCAGUGCGACCCCAAAGUUGGCCUGCUGUGCAGAAAUGCGGACCAGAAAGGGAAGCUCCCGAUGUGUUUGAACUACCAGGCCAGAUUCCACUGCUGCGACUACUCACACUGCCAACCGGGAACAACGCCAGGAGCCACAACGACUGCUACCUCCACAAAACACGCAACCAGCAUGCCGGGCACCACCCCAGGUCUAACAAGCAGUCCUCCAUCCUCCUCCACGGCCUCAACACCUCCUCCCAUCUUGUGGACGACCACUCAGGGCACUACAAUUUUGGCCACAAGUCCAGGAAAGGAGACGACAACAACCCUUUCAACACCUCUUUCCACCAUCCAAGUGACAACACCAGGCUCCGUCAGCACACCUUCAGUCAGCUCGGCAGGCGUCUCUACCUUGACAGCCACGUCCCUGCAAUCGACACCCGUAUCCAAGCCAACGGGUUCGGUACCGACGGAGUCGACCUCGCCUCAAGUAACCACCACCUCUGUCAUCACAACCACUACCCUCCCACCCUCAGGUUCCACCUCACCUUCGGCCACCUCCACCAUUUGCCAGCCUGAAUGUUCCUGGACCGCUUGGAUGGACGUGUCCCAGCCAGAAUCCGCCCCAAGCAGCGGCGAUGUGGAGACCAUAGAGGCGAUCCGAGAGGCCGGGAAACACGUCUGCGAUAGCCCUCAAUACAUCGAGUGCCGAGCAGAGGACUACCCUGACGUUGACAUCGCUCUUCUUGGACAGACAGUGCAGUGCAACCCCAAAGUUGGCCUGCUGUGCAGAAAUGCGGACCAGAAAGGGAAGCUCCCGAUGUGUUUGAACUACCAGGCCAGAUUCCACUGCUGUGACUACUCACGCUGCCGACCGGGAACAACGCCAGGAACCACCACAACUGCUACCUCCACAAAACACGCAACCAGCACGCUGGGCACCACCCCAGGUCUAACAAGCAGUCCUCCAUCCUCCUCCACGGCCUCCACACCUCCUCCCAUCUUGUGGACGACCACUCAGGGCACUACAGUUGUGGCCACAAGCCCAGGAAAGGAGACGACAACAACCCUUUCAACACCUCUUUCCACCAUCCAAGUGACAACACCAGGCUCCGUCAGCACACCUUCACUCAGCUCGGCAGGCGUCUCUACCUCGACAGCCACGUCCCUGCAAUCGACACCCGUAUCCAAGCCAACGGGUUCGGUACCGACGGAGUCGACCUCGCCUCAAGUAACCACCACCUCUGUCAUCACAACCACUACCCUCCCAGCCUCAGGUUCCACCUCACCUUCGGCCACCUCCACCAUUUGCCAGCCUGAAUGUUCCUGGACCGCUUGGAUGGACGUGUCCCAGCCAGAAUCCGCCCCAAGCAGCGGCGAUGUGGAGACCAUAGAGGCGAUCCAAGAGGCCGGGAAACACGUCUGCGAUAGCCCUCAAUACAUCGAGUGCCGAGCAGAGGACUACCCUGAUGUUGACAUCGCUCUUCUUGGACAGACAGUGCAGUGCGACCCCAAAGUUGGCCUGCUGUGCAGAAAUGCGGACCAGAAAGGGAAGCUCCCGAUGUGUUUGAACUACCAGGCCAGAUUCCACUGCUGCGACUACUCACACUGCCAACCGGGAACAACGCCAGGAGCCACAACGACUGCUACCUCCACAAAACACGCAACCAGCAUGCCGGGCACCACCCCAGGUCUAACAAGAAGUCCUCCAUCCUCCUCCACGGCCUCAACACCUCCUCCCAUCUUGUGGACGACCACUCAGGGCACUACAAUUUUGGCCACAAGUCCAGGAAAGGAGACGACAACAACCCUUUCAACACCUCUUUCCACCAUCCAAGUGACAACACCAGGCUCCGUCAGCACACCUUCAGUCAGCUCGGCAGGCGUCUCUACCUUGACAGCCACGUCCCUGCAAUCGACACCCGUAUCCAAGCCAACGGGUUCGGUACCGACGGAGUCGACCUCGCCUCAAGUAACCACCACCUCUGUCAUCACAACCACUACCCUCCCACCCUCAGGUUCCACCUCACCUUCGGCCACCUCCACCAUUUGCCAGCCUGAAUGUUCCUGGACCGCUUGGAUGGACGUGUCCCAGCCAGAAUCCGCCCCAAGCAGCGGCGAUGUGGAGACCAUAGAGGCGAUCCGAGAGGCCGGGAAACACGUCUGCGAUAGCCCUCAAUACAUCGAGUGCCGAGCAGAGGACUACCCUGACGUUGACAUCGCUCUUCUUGGACAGACAGUGCAGUGCGACCCCAAAGUUGGCCUGCUGUGCAGAAAUGCGGACCAGAAAGGGAAGCUCCCGAUGUGUUUGAACUACCAGGCCAGAUUCCACUGCUGCGACUACUCACGCUGCCGACCGGGAACAACGCCAGGAGCCACAACGACUGCUACCUCCACAAAACAUGCAACCAGGACGCCGGGCACCACCCCAGGUCUAACAAGCAGUCCUCCAUCCUCCUCCACGGCCUCCACACCUCCUCCCAUCUUGUGGACGACCACUCAGGGCACUACAGUUUUGGCCACAAGUCCAGGAAAGGAGACGACAACAACCCUUUCAACACCUCUUUCCACCAUCCAAGUGACAACACCAGGCUCCGUCAGCACACCUUCAGUCAGCUCGGCAGGCGUCUCCACCUCGACAGCCACGUCCCUGCAAUCGACACCCGUAUCCAAGCCAACGGGUUCGGUACCGACGGAGUCGACCUCGCCUCAAGUAACCACCACCUCUGUCAUCACAACCACUACCCUCCCACCCUCAGGUUCCACCUCACCUUCGGCCACCUCCACUAUUUGCCAGCCUGAAUGUUCCUGGACCGCUUGGAUGGACGUGUCCCAGCCAGAAUCCGCCCCAAGCAGCGGCGAUGUGGAGACCAUAGAGGCGAUCCGAGAGGCCGGGAAACACGUCUGCGAUAGCCCUCAAUACAUCGAGUGCCGAGCAGAGGACUACCCUGAUGUUGACAUCGCUCUUCUUGGACAGACAGUGCAGUGCGACCCCAAAGUUGGCCUGCUGUGCAGAAAUGCGGACCAGAAAGGGAAGCUCCCGAUGUGUUUGAACUACCAGGCCAGAUUCCACUGCUGCGACUACUCACGCUGCCGACCGGGAACAACGCCAGGAGCCACAACGACUGCUACCUCCACAAAACAUGCAACCAGGGCGCCGGGCACCACCCCAGGUCUAACAAGCAGUCCUCCAUCCUCCUCCACGGCCUCCACACCUCCUCCCAUCUUGUGGACGACCACUCGGGGCACUACAGUUGUGGCCACAAGUCCAGGAAAGGAGACGACAACAACCCUUUCAACACCUCUUUCCACCAUCCAAGUGACAACACUAGGCUCCGUCAGCACACCUUCAGUCAGCUCGGCAGGCGUCUCUACCUCGACAGCCACGUCCCUGCAAUCGACACCCGUAUCCAAGCCAACGGGUUCGGUACCAACGGAGUCGACCUCGCCUCAAGUAACCACCACCUCUAUCAUCACAACCACUACCCUCCCACCCUCAGGUUCCACCUCACCUUCGGCCACCUCCACCAUUUGCCAGCCUGAAUGUUCCUGGACCGCUUGGAUGGACGUGUCCCAGCCAGAAUCCACCCCAAGCAGCGGCGAUGUGGAGACCAUAGAGACGAUCCGAGAGGCCGGGAAACACGUCUGCGAUAGCCCUCAAUACAUCGAGUGCCGAGCAGAGGACUACCCUGACGUUGACAUCGCUCUUCUUGGACAGACAGUGCAGUGCGACCCCAAAGUUGGCCUGCUGUGCAGAAAUGCGGACCAGAAAGGGAAGCUCCCGAUGUGUUUGAACUACCAGGCCAGAUUCCACUGCUGCGACUACUCACGCUGCCGACCGGGAACAACGCCAGGAGCCACAACGACUGCUACCUCCACAAAACACGCAACCAGCACGCCGGGCACCACCCCAGGUCUAACAAGCAGUCCUCCAUCCUCCUCCACGGCCUCCACACCUCCUCCCAUCUUGUGGACGACCACUCAGGGCACUACAGUUUUGGCCACAAGUCCAGGAAAGGAGACGACAACAACCCUUUCAACACCUCUUUCCACCAUCCAAGUGACAACACCAGGCUCCGUCAGCACACCUUCAGUCAGCUCGGCAGGCGUCUCUACCUCGACAGCCACGUCCCUGCAAUCGACACCCAUAUCCAAGCCAACAGGUUCGGUACCGACGGAGUCGACCUCGCCUCAAGUAACCACCACCUCUGUCAUCACAACCACUACCCUCCCACCCUCAGGUUCCACCUCACCUUCGGCCACCUCCACCAUUUGCCAGCCUGAAUGUUCCUGGACCGCUUGGAUGGACGUGUCCCAGCCAGAAUCCGCCCCAAGCAGCGGCGAUGUGGAGACCAUAGAGGCGAUCCGAGAGGCCGGGAAACACGUCUGCGAUAGCCCUCAAUACAUCGAGUGCCGAGCAGAGGACUACCCUGACGUUGACAUCGCUCUUCUUGGACAGACAGUGCAGUGCGACCCCAAAGUUGGCCUGCUGUGCAGAAAUGCGGACCAGAAAGGGAAGCUCCCGAUGUGUUUGAACUACCAGGCCAGAUUCCACUGCUGCGACUACUCACGCUGCCGACCGGGAACAACGCCAGGAGCCACAACGACUGCUACCUCCACAAAACACGCAACCAGCACGCUGGGCACCACCCCAGGUCUAACAAGCAGUCCUCCAUCCUCCUCCACGGCCUCCACACCUCCUCCCAUCUUGUGGACGACCACUCAGGGCACUACAGUUGUGGCCACAAGUCCAGGAAAGGAGACGACAACAACCCUUUCAACACCUCUUUCCACCAUCCAAGUGACAACACCAGGCUCCGUCAGCACACCUUCAGUCAGCUCGGCAGGCGUCUCCACCUCGACAGCCACGUCCCUGCAAUCGACACCCGUAUCCAAGCCAACGGGUUCGGUACCGACGGAGUCGACCUCGCCUCAAGUAACCACCACCUCUGUCAUCACAACCACUACCCUCCCACCCUCAGGUUCCACCUCACCUUCGGCCACCUCCACCAUUUGCCAGCCUGAAUGUUCCUGGACCGCUUGGAUGGACGUGUCCCAGCCAGAAUCCGCCCCAAGCAGCGGCGAUGUGGAGACCAUAGAGGCGAUCCGAGAGGCCGGGAAACACGUCUGCGAUAGCCCUCAAUACAUCGAGUGCCGAGCAGAGGACUACCCUGACGUUGACAUCGCUCUUCUUGGACAGACAGUGCAGUGCGACCCCAAAGUUGGCCUGCUGUGCAGAAAUGCGGACCAGAAAGGGAAGCUCCCGAUGUGUUUGAACUACCAGGCCAGAUUCCACUGCUGCGACUACUCACGCUGCCGACCGGGAACAACGCCAGGAGCCACAACGACUGCUACCUCCACAAAACACGCAACCAGCACACCGGGCACCACCCCAGGUCUAACAAGCAGUCCUCCAUCCUCCUCCACGGCCUCCACACCUCCUCCCAUCUUGUGGACGACCACUCAGGGCACUACAGUUUUGGCCACAAGUCCAGGAAAGGAGACGACAACAACCCUUUCAACGCCUCUUUCCACCAUCCAAGUGACAAUACCAGGCUCCGUCAGCACACCUUCAGUCAGCUCGGCAGGCGUCUCUACCUCGACAGCCACGUCCCUGCAAUCGACACCCGUAUCCAAGCCAACGGGUUCGGUACCGACGGAGUCGACCUCGCCUCAAGUAACCACCACCUCUGUCAUCACAACCACUACCCUCCCAGCCUCAGGUUCCACCUCACCUUCAGCCACCUCCACCAUUUGCCAGCCUGAAUGUUCCUGGACCGCUUGGAUGGACGUGUCCCAGCCAGAAUCCGCCCCAAGCAGCGGCGAUGUGGAGACCAUAGAGGCGAUCCGAGAGGCCGGGAAACACGUCUGCGAUAGCCCUCAAUACAUCGAGUGCCGAGCAGAGGACUACCCUGACGUUGACAUCGCUCUUCUUGGACAGACAGUGCAGUGUGACCCCAAAGUUGGCCUGCUGUGCAGAAAUGCGGACCAGAAAGGGAAGCUCCCGAUGUGUUUGAACUACCAGGCCAGAUUCCACUGCUGCGACUACUCACGCUGCCGACCGGGAACAACGCCAGGAGCCACAACGACUGCUACCUCCACAAAACACGCAACCAGCACGCUGGGCACCACCCCAGGUCUAACAAGCAGUCCUCCAUCCUCCUCCACGGCCUCCACACCUCCUCCCAUCUUGUGGACGACCACUCAGGGCACUACAGUUGUGGCCACAAGUCCAGGAAAGGAGACGACAACAACCCUUUCAACACCUCUUUCCACCAUCCAAGUGACAACACCAGGCUCCGUCAGCACACCUUCAGUCAGCUCGGCAGGCGUCUCCACCUCGACAGCCACGUCCCUGCAAUCGACACCCGUAUCCAAGCCAACGGGUUCGGUACCGACGGAGUCGACCUCGCCUCAAGUAACCACCACCUCUGUCAUCACAACCACUACCCUCCCACCCUCAGGUUCCACCUCACCUUCGGCCACCUCCACCAUUUGCCAGCCUGAAUGUUCCUGGACCGCUUGGAUGGACGUGUCCCAGCCAGAAUCCGCCCCAAGCAGCGGCGAUGUGGAGACCAUAGAGGCGAUCCGAGAGGCCGGGAAACACGUCUGCGAUAGCCCUCAAUACAUCGAGUGCCGAGCAGAGGACUACCCUGACGUUGACAUCGCUCUUCUUGGACAGACAGUGCAGUGCGACCCCAAAGUUGGCCUGCUGUGCAGAAAUGCGGACCAGAAAGGGAAGCUCCCGAUGUGUUUGAACUACCAGGCCAGAUUCCACUGCUGCGACUACUCACGCUGCCGACCGGGAACAACGCCAGGAGCCACAACGACUGCUACCUCCACAAAACAUGCAACCAGGACGCCGGGCACCACCCCAGGUCUAACAAGCAGUCCUCCAUCCUCCUCCACGGCCUCCACACCUCCUCCCAUCUUGUGGACGACCACUCAGGGCACUACAGUUUUGGCCACAAGUCCAGGAAAGGAGACGACAACAACCCUUUCAACACCUCUUUCCACCAUCCAAGUGACAACACCAGGCUCCGUCAGCACACCUUCAGUCAGCUCGGCAGGCAUCUCCACCUCGACAGCCACGUCCCUGCAAUCGACACCCGUAUCCAAGCCAACGGGUUCGGUACCGACGGAGUCGACCUCGCCUCAAGUAACCACCACCUCUGUCAUCACAACCACUACCCUCCCACCCUCAGGUUCCACCUCACCUUCGGCCACCUCCACCAUUUGCCAGCCUGAAUGUUCCUGGACCGCUUGGAUGGACGUGUCCCAGCCAGAAUCCGCCCCAAGCAGCGGCGAUGUGGAGACCAUAGAGGCGAUCCGAGAGGCCGGGAAACACGUCUGUGAUAGCCCUCAAUACAUCGAGUGCCGAGCAGAGGACUACCCUGACGUUGACAUCGCUCUUCUUGGACAGACAGUGCAGUGCGACCCCAAAGUUGGCCUGCUGUGCAGAAAUGCGGACCAGAAAGGGAAGCUCCCGAUGUGUUUGAACUACCAGGCCAGAUUCCACUGCUGCGACUACUCACGCUGCCGACCGGGAACAACGCCAGGAGCCACAACGACUGCUACCUCCACAAAACACGCAACCAGCACACCGGGCACCACCCCAGGUCUAACAAGCAGUCCUCCAUCCUCCUCCACGGCCUCCACGCCUCCUCCCAUCUUGUGGACGACCACUCGGGGCACUACAGUUUUGGCCACAAGUCCAGGAAAGGAGUCGACAACAACCCUUUCAACACCUCUUUCCACCAUCCAAGUGACGACACCAGGCUCCGUCAGCACACCUUCAGUCAGCUCGGCAGGCGUCUCUACCUCGACAGCCACGUCCCUGCAAUCGACACCCGUAUCCAAGCCAACGGGUUCGGUACCGACGGAGUCGACCUCGCCUGAAGUAACCACCACCUCUGUCAUCACAACCACUACCCUCCCAGCCUCAGGUUCCACCUCACCUUCAGCCACCUCCACCAUUUGCCAGCCUGAAUGUUCGUGGACCGCUUGGAUGGACGUAUCCCAGCCAGAAUCCGCCCCAAGCAGCGGCGAUGUGGAGACCAUAGAGGCGAUCCGAGAGGCCGGGAAACACGUCUGCGAUAGCCCUCAAUACAUCGAGUGCCGAGCAGAGGACUACCCUGAUGUUGACAUCGCUCUUCUUGGACAGACAGUGCAGUGCGACCCCAAAGUUGGCUUGCUGUGCAGAAAUGCGGACCAGAAAGGGAAGCUCCCGAUGUGUUUGAACUACCAGGCCAGAUUCCACUGCUGCGACUACUCACGCUGCCGACCGGGAACAACGCCAGGAGCCACAACGACUGCUACCUCCACAAAACACGCAACCAGCACGCCGGGCACCACCCCAGGUCUAACAAGCAGUCCUCCAUCCUCCUCCACGGCCUCCACACCUCCUCCCAUCUUGUGGACGACCACUCGGGGCACUACAGUUGUGGCCACAAGUCCAGGAAAGGAGACUACAACAACCCUUUCAACGCCUCUUUCCACCAUCCAAGUGACAACACCAGGCUCCGUCAGCACACCUUCAGUCAGCUCGGCAGGCGUCUCUACCUCGACAGCCACGACCCUGCAAUCGACACCCGUAUCCAAGCCUACAGGUUCGGUACCGACCGAGUCGACCUCGCCUCAAGUAACCACCACCUCUGUCAUCACAACCACUACCCUCCCGCCCUCAGGUUCCACCUCACCUUUGGUCAGUGAACCGACCUCCACAAAACACGCAACCAGCACGCCGGGCACCACCCCAGGUCUAACAAGCAGUCCUCCGUCCUCCUCCACAGGCUCCACACCUCCUCCCACCUUGUGGACAACCACUCAGGGCACUACAGUUGUGGCCACAAGUCCAGGAAAGGAAACGACCACAACCCUUUCAACACCUCUUUCCACCACCCAUGUUCCAACACCAGGCUCCAUCAGCACACCUUCAGUCAGCUCGGCAACCGUCUCCUCUUCGCCAGCCACGUCCCUGCAAUCGACAUCUGUAUCCAAGCCGACGGGUUCGGUACCGACUAAGAGGACUACACUAGAGGUCUCCAGCACUCCUUUUGGGCAACAUACUUCUCCUCUUCCGUUGGUUUCUACUAGUGUGGGAGUCACUGAAACGUCACCUUCUUUGUCUUCUGCAUAUACAUCUAUAGCUUCAACAACAAAAAUUGUGACUACUAGUUCUACAGGACAUAUAUCUGUCACUUCAAGCGGAGUAACGCCAUGCUUCUGCCACGUGUCUGGGGUCAGUGGUGGCUUAUUUUCUCCUGGGGAAGUAAUAUAUAACAGAACGGAUAGUUCUGGGUGUAGUUUUUAUGCCAUUUGUGACAAAAAUUGUGAAGUCAAGAGAUCCCAGGGACCAUGUUCUUCAACAACUCCUUCCCAUCCAACAACUCCAUCAGUUACAACUGUAGGGAUGUCAUCUCUCCCGUCAGCCUCCACACCCACCAUUUUAAUACCAUCAACUGUAAUACGCACCUCCUCAGCUCCAUCAACUGCACCAGUGAUAAUCCCAACAACACCUGUACAAGGUUGCCCCAAUGCUGAUCCACCUAGAAAGACCAAUGAAACUUGGAUGUAUAACAACUGCAGUGUGGCAACUUGUGAAGGAAACAACAGAAUCGUUGUCGUGCUUCCCCCACCUGUAGAGAAGAUAACAUGUGAAAAUAAACUCCCACCAGUAAAAAUAGAUCAUGAUGAUGGCUGUACCUACCACUACGACUGCACGUGUGUAUGCAGUGGUUGGGACAAUUCUCACUUUGAGACUUUUGAUGGCACUAGUUAUAUAUUCCAUGAUAACUGCACCUAUAUCCUGGUGCAAGAGAUUGUGAACAAAUAUGGAAACUUCAGUGUGUUGGUGGAUAAUUACUUCUGCGAUCCAGCUAAUAAUCAGUCGUGUUCCAGAUCUAUCAUUGUAAACUAUAACCAUAUGGAAGUAAUACUAAGCAGCCAAAUCUACGAUGGAAUUAGAACUAAUAAGGUCAUUUUCAACAAAGAGACAAUCCGUACAAGUUUCUCCAAGGAUGGCAUUAUAGUUGCAGAUUCUGGAACUAGUAUGAGUGUUGAAAUCCCCGACAUCCAUGCUUUCAUUAACUUCAAUGGAUUCACUUUCUCAAUACAAGUCCCAUUUGACCUAUUUGCAUUCAAUACAGAAGGCCAAUGUGGUACUUGUUCAAAUGACCGGUCCGACGACUGCCGCCUGCCCAGUGGUCACGAAGCCUCCUCUUGCUCAGAAAUGGCUCCCCACUGGAAGGUUAAUGAUAGCUGUAAAAUAGUGAUUCCAACACCAGAACCCACUGGGGCAACGACUACUCCAUCAGAAGUAACCUGCGCUACUCCGUCUCCCCUGUGUGAGCUGAUUGUGAGCGAUAUCUUCUCAGAUUGCCAUAAAGUUCUGCCUCCCAAAGUAUUCUACGACCGCUGCCUCUCCGAAGCAUGUCAGAACGCCAGUGGCGCCCUCACUUGCUACAGCGUAGAGAUGUAUGCUUCCCUUUGCAAAGACAAAGGUUUCUGCAGUGACUGGAGGAGCAAGACACAAGGGAAAUGCCCCUACCACUGCCCAGAAGGCAAGGUAUAUGAAGCAUGUGGUCCUGUUUAUCCCGCUACCUGUGAUAAAGGAAAAGCUAAUAUCACUGAGCAUGUUACUGAAGGAUGCUUCUGUCCUGAGAACCAAAUCCUGGUCAAUUCAUACACCGACACCUGUGUUCAAGACUGCAAAUUCUGCAUUGGACCAGAAGGAUUCCCCAAAAUGCCUGGUACCACUUGGAGGAGCAACUGUCAAGAAUGUAUCUGCGACCAGUUGUCUGUGACUGUACAGUGUACGGCCCAGCCCUGCUCAACACCAUCAACACCUCCUUGUGAGAAAGAAGGAUUCAUGCCUGUCUCUGUGUUGACACCAGAAGAUCCAUGCUGUCCAGAAAUUCAGUGCAUAUGCAAUGCCAGUGCCUGCUCCAACCGCAAGAGGUCAUGUGAAGCUGGAUACCAGUUAACCUCAGUCCUUUUUGAAGGAGACUGCUGUGUCUCCUUCCUCUGUGAACCAAUACCGGAUAUCUGUGUGGUCAACGAAACAGUUUAUUCACCUGGAGGAUCCAUUCCAAGUGACUCUUGUGAAACGUGCGUCUGCAGUCAUGAAACAGACCCAGGCUCCAAGAGGAAUCUUGUGGAGUGUGAGCCAAUUCAAUGUGAUACAGAAUGCUCAGUGGGUUAUGAAUACCAGGUAACGGCUGGAGAGUGUUGUGGAAAGUGUGUCCAGGUGACUUGCACCAUCAACAUUAAUGGCACCACUCAGGUGCUCAAGCCUGGUGAUAUUUGGCAACCAGAAUCCAAUAACUGCAGCCAUUACGAAUGUGAGAAAGAGGAUGAUCAAUUAAUUUUGGUCAGUUCUAGAAGGACAUGUCCCAUCAUUGACCCAAAUGAGUGUGGUGACAAUGAAACUGAGAUGACUCCUGACGGCUGCUGUAAAAUGUGCAAACCCAAAACAAACUGUAAAGUUCAAACAAACCAGAUUCUUGUCCGUCAAAAUGACUGUGUAUCAUCUGAACUAGUAGAACUCACCUACUGUGAAGGGGCCUGCCCAAGUUCUUCCAUGUAUUCCGCUAAGGCCAGGGCAAUGCAGCACAAAUGUACCUGCUGCCAGGAACUCAAGAGCCACAAGAAAGAGGUGUCAUUGACAUGCCGGGAUGGCACAACCAUCAAUUAUGACUACAUCUACGUGGACGAGUGCCAGUGCAUGACGGCAUGCAUCCCAGAAGCCACAACCGCAGAUUAA